CUCCCAUUACAGCCAUUGAGUUCGAGGAUACACGUGUGUAUAUAUUGAGGUUCAGUGCAAUUUUUGACCUUCACAAGGUUAUACUGAAAGCGAGUGAUAUCGGAACCAGAACAGUCACUUGAGAUACUAUAAUGGCCAAGGUUGGAAUUAACGGAUUUGGUCGUAUUGGACGAUUGGUUCUCCGUGCUGCUUUAGCCAAGGGAGUCAAUGUUGUUGCCAUUAACGAUCCUUUUAUUGAAGUUAAAUACAUGGUGUAUAUGUUUAAGUAUGACUCCACACAUGGCCGUUACAAAGGAGAUGUCCAUGAAGAAGGUGGCAUGUUGGUUGUCGAUGGUCAUAAAAUCCAUGUCUUCCAAGAAAUGAAACCAAGCAGUAUUCCAUGGGGUAAAGUUGGUGCUGAAUAUGUUGUUGAAUCUACUGGCGUGUUCACUACCUUAGAAAAAGCCAAUACACACAUUGAAGGUGGAGCCAAGAAAGUUGUAAUUUCAGCUCCUUCAGCUGAUGCUCCCAUGUUUGUUAUGGGCGUCAACCACGAUUCUUAUGACCCAGCAAUGAAUAUUGUUAGCAAUGCUUCAUGCACAACCAACUGCCUUGCACCUCUUGCUAAAGUUAUUAACGACAACUUUGGAAUUGUUGAAGGUUUAAUGACCACAGUUCAUGCUAUCACAGCUACUCAGAAGACUGUUGAUGGACCAAGUGCAAAGAUGUGGAGAGAUGGUAGAGGUGCUGCACAAAACAUCAUCCCUGCUUCUACUGGUGCUGCUAAAGCCGUUGGAAAAGUUAUCCCUGCAUUGAAUGGCAAACUGACUGGUAUGGCUUUCCGUGUCCCAACUCCUGAUGUGUCUGUUGUGGACUUGACUUGCCGACUUUCUAAGGAAGCAACCUAUGACCAGAUCAAAGCUGCUAUCAAGGCUGCUUCUGAAUCUGAUAACUGGAAGGGUAUUCUAGGAUACACUGAAGAUGAUGUUGUCUCAAGUGACUUCAUUGGAGACUCUCACAGCAGCAUUUUUGAUGCCAAGGCUGGAAUUUCAUUGAACAAUAACUUUGUGAAGCUUGUCUCCUGGUAUGACAAUGAAUUUGGUUACAGCUGCAGAGUCAUCGACCUCAUCAAAUACAUGAAAUCCAGGGAUGGUUAAAUCUUCUUAUUUUCAUUCUGACAGUAUUCCAGCAAGCUCCUUGUUUCAUUAGGACUACAAUAAUUGGUGUUCCUGUGAUUCUUCUGUUCCUGCUUAACUUCUCUCUCCACAUACAGUUCAGUUAAACUGCUGCGUAGGUGGAUCUGGGAAUUCUGUUCAUGAAAAGAUAUGUCUAAAUUCCAUAUGUAAAGAAUUUACUCCUAAAUUAAAAUUCAUUUCCUUGUUCGUCA